UAUAGCUUGUAAAAGUUUUCACUUUUCUCAUACAUAUCGGUGUUUCUUAUUCUUCUUUCUCAAAUCUUGAUCGACCAUUCUAUUCUCUUACAUUUUCUUGAUUUAAACUCAAGAUUUGAGGGACAAACGUUGAUUAGCUGAGGGUUGGAUUCGAUGUCUUCAAGUACUAUCAGAAAGGCGAUUGGGGUGGUUAAAGACCAAACCAGUAUAAGCCUAGCCAAAGUUGCAGGCAAUGUAGCACCUGAUCUCGAGGUCCUCAUUGUAAAGGCAACGGGCCAUGACAAAGAGCCUGCUGAAGAAAAGUAUAUAAGGGAGAUUCUUCACCUGAUAGCUCAAUCUAGAUGUUACGUAGGUGCUUGUGUUUACAACAUUUCAAAGAGGUUGAGCAAAACUCAUGACUGGGUUGUUGCAUUGAAGGCAUUGAUGCUUGUACACAGAUUGUUAGUUGAUGGGGAUCCGGUUUUUGGCCAAGAGAUAAUGUAUGCAAGCAGGAAAGGGGCACGGGUUUUAAAUAUGUCAGACUUUCGUGUUGAGGCUUUAUCAAACUACUGGGAUCAUUCAGGGUUUGUGAAGAAUUAUGGCAUGUACCUUGAUCAGAAGCUGAAAUUUAUAGCAUUUGAAAGAAAACUAUGUGUCUACAAUGACAAGCGGCGGUUUGAAAAUGGGCAUGCAGACUUUAGAGAUGAUCAUAGUUUUGGAAUAAGUCACAAGUCGAAAUCUUAUGGUGAUUUAUAUGAAUCGGUAUCACGAGGCGAUAGAAAAGAGAUGAAAGUGGCAGCAACACCAAUGAGGGAGAUGAAGGCUGACCGGCUCUUGGAGAGAUUGGAUAAACUGCUUCGGCUUAUUGAACGUGUGUUGUCCUGUAGGCCUGCAGGAAAUGCAAAAAGUAGCAAGAUGGUGCUUGUUGCUCUCUACCUAGUUCUGAGUGAAAGUUUUCGGAUUUAUGCUGAUAUAUGUGAGGCAUUGGGCGUUUUGCUUGAUAGGUUUCCAGAAAUGGAGUACGCAAAUUGUAUUAAAACUUUUGAUCAGUAUGUCAUUGCGGCAAAAACAAUCGAUGAGCUUAUUGACUUUUAUGGCUGGUCAAAAGAGUUGGGAGUUGCUAGAGCCUCAGAGUUCCCAGAGGUGCAAAAGGUUACUGAUAAUGUUUUGGGAACACUCGAGAGGUUCUUGAGGGAGAAGAAGAAUCAGCUCAAGAAAAGCUUGGAAGCAUGUUGUAAACAACAUGGACCACUGCCCUUAGCUGAGGUGGAACAAACAACCGCAGACCUAUUGGACCUGAAAGAUGACACAGUGCCGCCUUUGUCAUCUGAACCUAAGACAACCGAGUCUGACAAGGCAGCUACAUGGCUGACACCAGUAGCCGGAAGUGGAAGAGCAGAUUGGGAGCUUGCGUUGGUGGAUUCAUCCAGCAGCCUAACAAACCAGAAGGAUAACAUUGUAAGUGGUGGCCUUGAUCUCGUAAUGCUGAAUGGAAUAUAUGAUCAAGGAGCAGCGACACAACAUGCAAGCUACAAUCAGAUAAGUGCAGCACCCGUGUUAGCAUUGCCUGCACCAAACAAAAAUGUGCAGCCCAUGGACCCACGGGACCCUUUUGCAGCAUCACUCAUGGUCCCACCACCGCCAUAUGUGCAACUUGCUGACCUCGAGAAGAAACAGAGUUUUCUUGCACAGGAUAAACAGGUAUGGCAACCAUAUGUAGGCAAUGGGAUGCUAGGCCAAGGGCCUGUGGGAAUGAUUAAUCCUGGUGUUGCUACUUACAAUCGCAUGAUGGAACAACAAGCAGGGUAUACCUAUGCACAUUACUGAUCGAUUUUCUUCAUAUUCUUGAUGCUUGAUUCUACAAACGAAUUUUCUAUGAAGAUAUAUCGACUCAUUUUACAUUUGAGUCGUGUAAAAAGAAUUUUAAUUCACUGAAUAAAGUUUAUGUGGACAUCAUUUUGGCCGGUUUUGUAAUAAAACAUAGCAUUGAGAUCAAA